GGUGUGGCUUCAGCAGAAAAAGAGCAAAGGAGAGCUUUACCUUGAGAGAGAGGAAGAAAGGUGUCUUGGUCUUGGCAUCAUACACACACCCUCGAACCACAUAGACAGAGAGAGUCUCCCAAUGGUGAGCCAAGGCGUUGCCUCCAUGUUUGCUCUCGCAUUGCUCCUCGGAGCCUUCGCCUCCAUCCCACAAAGCGUGGAGUCCAUCGGGGUGUGCUACGGCAUGAGCGCCAACAACCUGCCGGCGGCGAGCACCGUGGUGGGUAUGUUCGAAUCCUAUGGGAUCAACUCCAUGCGUCUGUACGCGCCGGACCAGGCGGCGCUCCAGGCCGUCGGAGGCACGGGAGUGAACGUGGUCGUCGGCGCGCCCAACGACGUGCUGUCGGCCCUCGCCGCCAGCCCCGCCGCCGCCGACUCCUGGGUGCGGAACAACAUCCAGGCGUACCCCAAGGUGUCCUUCCGAUACGUCUGCGUGGGCAACGAGGUGGCCGGCGGCGCCACCCAGAACCUUCUCCCGGCAAUGCAGAACGUGCAGGGCGCGCUGGCCUCAGCCGGGCUGGGGCACAUCAAGGUGACCACGUCGGUGUCGCAGGCCAUCCUCGGCGUGUAUAGCCCGCCUUCCGCCGGCGCCUUCACCGGGGAGGCGGACGCCUUCAUGGGCCCCGUGGUGCAGUUCCUCGCCCGCACCGGCGGCCCGCUCAUGGCCAACAUCUACCCGUACCUGGCCUGGGCCUACAACCCCAGCGCCAUGGACAUGAGCUACGCUCUCUUCACCGCCUCCGGCACCGUGGUCCAAGACGGCGCCUACGGGUACCAGAACCUGUUCGACACCACAGUGGACGCCUUCUACACGGCGAUGGCCAAGCACGGCGGCGACGGCGUGAGCCUCGUGGUAUCGGAGAGCGGGUGGCCGUCGGCCGGCGGCGAGGCGGCGAACCCGGCCAACGCCAGGAUCUACAACCAGUACCUCAUCAACCACGUCGGACGCGGCACACCGCGGCACCCGGGAGGCAUCGAGACCUACGUCUUCUCCAUGUUCAACGAGAACCAGAAGGACAACGGCGUGGAGCAGAACUGGGGUCUCUUCUACCCCAACAUGCAGCACGUCUACCCCAUCAGCUUCUGAUCGAUCCAUCGAUCACAGGUAGCCUAUGUACGUACGGGCGUAUGUACAUGCCUAUAAGAGCAUGUACACGUACGUAUGUGCACAUUAUGUAUUUGUACAAUACAGCAGGGGCUUGGAUCCAUGCGACCACUGAGAUGCUAGUAUGCAAUACUAGCUACUCAGAUGCGACGCUAUAGUACUGGUAAUCUAGCUGGUAUAUGAUUACGAUUGAUGGGAAGCAAAUGUAAACGCUCCCUUCAUCGUAGAGGUUGAUUGAUAAAGAUACGUACACAUAUGUGUACGUACGUAGGAUGUUGUUUAGGAUAGCUAGGAUCUACGUUUCGUCAAAUUUUGACGGUAGGAUCUAUAUCGUAGGGAUCAAGUUUCUUCAAAUUUUGAUGAAACUCUUGUCGAAUAAUAUUAUCUGAAAUUCCGGCAACGACAGAAAUGCUAUUGUAAAA